AUGUCACUGUUAAAACCUGUGGAACUUGCACUUAUCGUAACUCCAGCAUUCACUAAUGAGGUUGAAACUUCUCCACCCCAACAAGAAACCUUGGCUCCGUUUACAGUGUCCCCUGAGCAGUUGGAAAUUUUGUCGGUCCAGCAAGAGGUUUCAGAUCAGCAUCCAACCCCCUCUGAAAAUGUUGAACCUUCUCCAAUACAGCAGGGAGCCCCCACUCAACCAACAUACUUCGAGGUUACAUUUCCAAAUCCAGAGCAAGUUCAGGCUCAGCAUCCAACCUUGACUGAGGUCACAAUUCAACCUUUGGACCUUGAACUGACCAUAAGGCCAGAACCCACUAAGGAAGGUGAACCUUCUCCAUCCAUGCAGGAGACCUUAACCCAGCCUCCAGAACCACCUAAGGAGGUUUUUGUAGCUCAGCCUCCACUAUAUCAGAACCCAAUAGUUCCAACACCAGUUCAGGAUCACACUGAGCCUCCAACAUCACCCAGUGUCAGAGUUCAACCUUUAGACCAGGGACUUACCACAACUCCAGAACCUACUAUGGAGGCUGAACAUUCCACACCCCUGCAGGAGGCUAUAGUUCCUCCAACACACCCCGAGGUGACACUUCCUAAUCCAGAGCAAGUUCAGGCUCAGCAUCCAACCUUGACUGAGGUCACAAUUCAACCUUUGGACCUUGAACUGACCAUAAGGCCAGAA